AUGUUCAAGAAGCUCUUCCUGCUCGUGGCCCUCGCGCUCCCGGCGCUCGCCGAGUACGACGACCCCGCGCACUUGCCGGCCAAGACGGACGCGGCGCACGGCCAGACGGGCUACAACGACUGCAUCUCGCGCUACGGCGCCUCGAGCCAGAAGAGCAAGUGCCAGAACGUCUUUGUCAACAGCGUCAAGGACUUCUGCCUCUGGGGCCCGCCGAAGCCCAACUCAAACGUCGGCGACACGGAGGAGGAGCAGGUGGCAUGGUGCACCAAGAGCGGCUACGGCACGCGUCUGAUCCCCGACGGCACCCUGACGGGCGUGCACUUCCUCAAGACGGGCGACUUUGUGCAGGUGACCGGCACGGGAGACUUGACGAAGCUCAACAUCCGCCAGGGUGACGAGGGAGGCGAGCUGGACCCGCAUGGUGCCACCGGCGCGGGCAACCCCGUCGGCGGCCUUGUCUUCACCCGUGCGAUCACAAAGGGCAAGUUCCAGCGCAUCUACGAGUGGAACAACUUCAUGGACUACCAGACGUUCUGCAUCCGCGGCUGCUUCGGCAAGUACCGCACCAAGUUCUGCCCGCACAUCUACGAUCUGCUCGGCUGCAACUUCAGCGAGCCGGCCAACUACUCGCCGGGCGUGUUCGAGCAGUGCGACGGCGACUCGGGCCAGUUCCCCGGGAUCUACGGCAGCUCGACCUUCUACCAGGGCCAGGAGCCCACCCCGGCCCCUCACCCGGCCGGCACGUCGUCCAACUGUCGCCAGUACCCCACCGUCUCGAACGGCCCGGCGGCGUACAUUCCCUCGCGCCGUGAUGUCUACGCCAGAGAGACGCCUGUCCCUCGCGCUGCAGAGGCGGCCGCCGACGAGUAG